CAGACACCAGACAGGCACUUCUUUUCUCUUCAUGAACUCGAUUUCUCCAUUACCCAUUCUAUAAAACAUCCUUUACAAAACAUGUCCACCACAUUGUUCAGAACAAUCCAACCAAACCACUUCACACUUCUCGGAACCGCCUUGUUCAGAACCAGAAGAACGACCCGUCACAUCUCCGUGAGAUGUCUCAACCAAACCGCAACAACCCAGGAACCAAAACCCUCCUCUCAACCAAGAACCGCACCAAAAAACCACGGAAGCAACAAGCUUGACGAGAUUCUCCGAGACUACGAAGCCGUUAUCGGGAUAGAGACUCAUGUCCAGCUCUCCACAUCCACAAAAGCCUUUUGCAGUUGUCCCAACAGCUACGGGUCGCAUCCAAACACGAGCAUAUGUCCUGUCUGUAUGGGUUUGCCUGGCGCUUUGCCUGUUUUAAGUUCGAAAGUUGUUGACUUUGGUGUUAGAUUGGGUUUAGCUUUGAACUGUGAGCUCUCUCUCAAGUCAAAGUUUGAUAGGAAGCAGUAUUUUUAUCCUGAUUUGCCUAAAGGCUAUCAGAUUUCUCAGUUUGAUAUCCCAAUUGCAUCUGGUGGUUAUGUGGAUGUGGAUAUUCCUCUUGAGUUUGGUGGUGGACAUAGGAGGUUUGGUAUCACUAGGGUUCAUAUGGAAGAAGAUGCUGGCAAGUUACUCCACUCAGACUCUGGAGAUUACUCUCAGGUAGAUUUGAAUAGAGCAGGGGUACCUUUGCUUGAGAUUGUGUCUGAACCUGACAUGAGAAGUGGGAUAGAAGCAGCUGAAUACGGUAGUGAGAUGCAAAGGAUUGUGAGGUAUUUGGGAGUGAGUAAUGGGAAUAUGCAAGAAGGCUCUCUUCGUUGUGAUGUUAAUAUCUCAAUCCGUCCCAUUGGGCAAGCUGAGUUUGGCACCAAGGUGGAAAUAAAGAACUUGAAUGCGUUUUCAGCUAUGAGUAGGGCAAUUGACUAUGAGAUAACAAGACAAGCACUUCUAUACAACCAAGGUCAAGCCGACCAGAUUGUAACCGAGACUCGUCUUUGGGACGAAGGAGCUCAGAAAACAGUGACAAUGAGGAAGAAAGAAGGGCUAGCUGAUUACCGCUACUUUCCAGAACCUGAUCUUCCAGAAGUGAUACUCGCCCAAGAAUACGUUGAUAGCAUCCGUGCUUCUUUGCCGGAACUUCCUGAAGCGAAACGCAGGAGGUACGAGGACAUGGGUCUAGGUAUUCAAGAUGUGCUUUUUAUUGCCAAUGACGUCAGUGUUGCAGAAUAUUUCGAUGAAGUCAUUAGUAAAGGUGCUGAUGUGAAGUCGGCAGCAAAUUGGCUGAUGAGUGAUAUUGCUGCUUACUUGAAAAAUGAGGAACUUUCUAUAAAUGAUGUUAAACUUACUCCUCAAGAGUUGGCUGAGUUGAUAGCUGCAAUCAAAGAUGAAACCAUUAGCGGAAAGAUUGGUAAACAGAUACUGUUUGAGCUGUUGGCCAAAGGUGGAACUGUUCAAGGACUGAUAAAAGAAAAGGACUUGGUUCAGAUAACCGAUCCUGUGGAGAUUGAGAAGAUGAUUAUGAAGGUGAUCUCUGAAUCCCCAAAGCAACUUGAGCAGUACCGAAGUGGGAAAACCAAGCUUCAAGGCUUCUUUGCUGGCCAGGUAAUGAAAAUGUCAAAAGGUAAAGCGAAUCCUGCUUUGCUUAACAAGAUUCUCCUGGAGAAGCUCAAUGCCAAGGAGUGAUUAAAAUGUUGAUUAAGACACACAAAAUUGCAGAUGAGAUUAGUGAAAGUGUUGUGAGUUAAAAUUGUUCUUUAGAGAUUUUUGUUGAAAUUUUUAGUUUCACAGAAUGUUGUAAUGGCAAUACAAUGCACAUUGAAUUGGUUCAAAAUUAUUUUGUUUGCAUAUGGAAUAAAAGCUGAGAUUUUG